AUGUAUCUAACCAGAAACUGGCUGGCGAUUAUUCUUCCUUUCUGAGCCAUUAGCAUCUUUGCAACAGCAUUUAUCUUUCUUGUGCCUGAAUCUCAGAAGUUUCUUAAAGAUCAAGAUCGAAAGAAAAUACAAGAAGUACCAAAAUAUAGCUCAAGAGGACAAAUGUUCGAUAGGCAAACAAUCGAUCUCACUAUUGCUGAUGAAAAUGAGAAGCCAAGGUUUAUGAAUAUUUUCAAAGACUGGACUCAAGUAAUAAACCUUAUCAUAAUGAUUUGCAGCUGGUCAUUCACAAGUGCUGGAUACUAUCUUGUGUGUUACAAUGUCAAAUAUUUUGAAGGUUCAGUGUAUACCAACAGUAUUCUACUCGGUGUUGCAGGUCUUAUUGGAGUGAUCUUGUUCAGUAUCUUAAUUAACCUCAUCUCAAGCAAAAAGCUCCUGAUCAGUUCGUUCUUCUUAACUCUGUUUGGAAGUGUUGGGUACUUAGCAACUUUACAAUAUCCAAGCCUAGUCCCAAUUUGGAUCCUGUUCAUGGUAGGUAGCUUCUCUAUCCAAUUCAGCCUGUGAUACUACUUAAACUGUGAGUUAUUUCAGCCAGCAUUCAGGACAAGAGUGUACUCAAUCUGCAACUUCUGCUCAAGGUCAUGCUCAAUGUUAUCCCCUCUCCUCUCAGAGACGCUCUCAAACCCUAUAAUCCUCAUCUCCGCUUGCUCUAUCCUAAUGCUUCUUCUAUCACUCAACCUAACCCCCAAACCUAACUAUCGAAGCUAUUCUUAAAACCCCAGCCUGUAAAGGUAGCAUAACUUGAGGCCGUCACUAGUA